AAAUUUUUAAUGUUAUUCAUUUAUAGGUGGUAAGAAAAAGUGACAAAGAUCAGGUUACAGUUAUUGGUUGUUGUGUCACUCUAAAAGAGGCCAUGCUAGCUGCAGAUAAACUAGCUAUAGAUGGUGUCAACAUUAGAAUCAUUGAUCCAUUUACAUUGAAACCAUUUGAUAAAGAUACUGUGCUAGCUAAUGCACGUGAAACUGGAGGUAAAAUAAUUACUGUGGAGGACCAUUAUUCAGAGGGAGGUCUUGGAGAUACAGUGGCUGGCGCCCUCUGUGAAGAGAAAGAUAUAACCAUCAAGAAGUUGGCCGUUACAGAAAUACCACGUAGUGGUAAACCAGCAGAACUGAUGGAAAAAUAUGGAAUCAGUGCCAACUGUAUUGUUAAAGCUGUGAACCAGGCUCUAUGAUCAUAGAUUGAAAACAUUUAACCAGUCUAUAGUGGCGGAAAUAACAAAAGUACAAUAAUUGUUCCAAAUUUCAGGCAUUAAUUAGACAUAACUUUAGGUUUAUUAUUAGAAUUUCUAGCAUCGAAAGUCAAGGCAGUAACAGCUCUUUUGUUAUUGUAAUAGUUUUUAAAGAGACCUAUACAAAAGUUGUUUCCAAUUGUUUUGGGUUAAACUAAAUAGUUGUGAAUUAAUAAGCAAUAAAAGCAACAAUUCCUUGUUUUUAAUUUCUCUUAUUGAUUUUACUGUAUCUGUUAUAUAGCUAAUAUUUGCUGUAGUGCUUUUUAAUAACAUGUUGUUUUUGUAUUGAUCUUUUUUUCUUCCAUUUAUAAAGGUAUUAUAAACAGAUUUCUGUAUUGUUACAUGUUUUUGGUGCACUUAUUUUUAAUAGUAUUUUGCAGUUGCAUUGUUGAAUUGAUAGAUGUUUAUUAGCCAUGGCUAGAAUGAAAAUACAAUCAUUUACUUAUUAGGUGUAUAAAUCUUGCUAUAAAUGUUUUUAGUUUUCAGAUAGAAUACUAUAUUAUGGUAAAACUUGUUCAUGAAAUUAGUUCCCACUAACAGUGGAAUGAAAAAAUCCAUUAUUGAUCAUAAUUGUAUGAUGAAAUAAAGAAAGAAUAUAUAUUUUGAUUUAAAGGAGUUAAAUAGUAAAAGUUUGUUGGCACUUUGUUGUAAUGAUGUAUUUAUAUAAAAUAUUCCUAAUAAAACAUUUAGCUGUAACGAGAAUGAUCCACAAGUUGAAUUUUCUUAACAAUGACUAUUUUAGAUAUCCAUUUGCCUCAUAUUUAUAUGCGGAAUGGUUUUUUAAUUGUCAUAUCAAUGUUUUGAAGGACAAAACGUCAAAUAAAUGUAACCUCAUA